UCUACCGAUGGUUUUUAGCCGUUCCAAUGGCGGACACGGAUAGUGCAGAUGGCAGUAGUGAUGUCAACGAAAAAUCGUCCGAUUCUGAUGAAAAAAACUUGGGAUGUGAACACUACAGGCGUAAAUGUGCAUUUAUUACACCAUGUUGCAACAAGAUCUACACAUGUCGUGUGUGCCAUGAUGAAGCUGAACAACACCAAAUACAACGCAAAGAUGUGAGGAAGGUGAAAUGUCUCAAGUGUGCAGAACAGCAACCAGUGGCCAGUAAUUGCAGACAGUGCAUGGUCCAGUUUGGAAAGUAUUUCUGUCAAGUGUGCAAUUUGUUUGAUGACCAGGAUAAGAAGCAGUUUCAUUGUGAUGCCUGUGGAAUAUGCAGAGUUGGUGGUAGAGACAAUUUCUUUCAUUGUUUAAAGUGUGAUAUGUGCCUCCAUGUUGGCCUGAGGGAAAGCCACAAGUGUGUUGAGAAUGCUUCCAAGUCUAACUGUCCUGUUUGCUUAGAACUUCUUCAUACAUCUAGGGAAAGUGUGUGUAUGCCACCAUGUGGACAUCCUAUACAUGAGACCUGUAUGAAUGGCAUGCUGAAAACGGGAAACUAUGCCUGCCCUACAUGUGCCCAGUGUUUGGUGGACAUGAAGGGUGUGUGGGAGCACCUGGAUGAGGAGAUAGCCGCGACUCCUAUGCCAGAUGAAUACAAAGACUACAAUGUACAGAUUCUGUGCAGGGACUGUCAUGAGGAGAGUCGAGUAUUGUUCCAUGUGCUUGGAUUGAAGUGUGCAGCUUGUGGCUCAUAUAAUACCUGUAGAACUCAGGAACCUGAGCAAGGAGCAAACGUAGAAGAAGGAUCCCAAGCUGCAGCAGCAACCCAGGAAUCCAAUGGACAGAGUGAAAAUGUAGACACACUGGACCCUAGGGAACAACAUACAGCUGAUCAUAGUGAGCUAGAUGUAGCUGACCAUAGGAGUAAUAAACACUAAGACCCCAUUCCCACAGAUUUUAGAUUGAUCUAUCCCUGAGGGGAGUCUCACUAGAUUACUGUCAG